GGGGGCGGAGCGCCCGGCGGCAGCAGCUCUGGCUCGGGCUCGGGCUCGGGCUGGGGCUGGGGCUGGGGCUCCAGCUCGGGCCCUGCACCUGUGACUCGGUGGCGGCGCUGCUCCUCCGUGCCCCAUGGCCCCGUCCCGGCUACAGCUCGGCCUCCGCGCCGCCUACUCCGGCUUCAGCUCGGUGGCCGGCUUCUCCAUCUUCUUCGUCUGGACGGUGGUUUAUCGACAACCGGGGACUGCGGCGAUGGGGGGUCUCGCAGGUGUCCUGGCCCUGUGGGUCUUGGUGACUCACGUGAUGUACAUGCAGGAUUACUGGAGGACCUGGCUGAGAGGGCUGCGCGGCUUCUUCUUCGUGGGCGCUCUCUUCUCGGCAGUCUCCGUUUCCGCCUUCUGCACCUUCCUGGCAUUGGCCAUCACCCAGCACCAGAGUCUCAAAGACCCGAACAGCUACUACCUCUCCUGUGUCUGGAGUUUCAUUUCCUUCAAGUGGGCCUUCCUACUCGGCCUCUACGCCCACCGCUACCGGGCCGACUUCGCCGACAUCAGCAUCCUCAGUGAUUUCUAACCCGGGGAAUGAGGUCACCACAGCCGGGGGAGGGGCCCUCGGGAUCUGGACUCCGCUUCUGAGUCAUCAAGGGAGCUCACCCCAACCCCUGGGGACUCCAGGACCAUGGCAGAGUAUAUGGGCCAGUUCAGUUUCCCAGAAAUCUGUCUGGUCCCCUUUUGGGGAAGACAUGGAGCUGUUAGAGGGGUGCUGCCAAUAUGCUCACUAGCCCGGCUAGAGGGCAGGGUAGACCUUUCCAAAUGGAUCUAUUUUCUUAGCACGCUGAGGGAUCUUUGUAAGUAGGGCCAUGACAAUGAAUUCAGUGGGUAGGAUUGGAACUACGGUGAGCGGCAGGGCUGGGACAGGCUUCCUGGCUACCCCGGACUUCAUUGAAGCUGUGUGUGGAGGCCUCAAAGGUCCAGGCACGUAAGGAAUCUUUAGUACAAAUCUCCAUCCCAGGUCGCCCACCCUAUUGUCCUAAAGGGUUGGGUAGCUAAAUUCACCAGUCCUUAGGGAAGUGACAGUUGGCUUUCCCUGAGCAGCACAGUUGGACAGAACCCAGCGUCUGUCCCUCCUACCUUCCCAUCCAGAGUUUGUUUCCCAUGAGGGUGCUAGCGCUAGCCAACCAUUCCCUUGUGUCACACAUGACCACAUAUACCAGAGCAGGACUCCUCGGAUGAGGCUCGACUUGAGGACCACAGGAAACACACCCCCUGUACCUAGAAGGGCUUUGGGAUCGGGGCAAGCGGGAGCUUCCUUCCCAUCAAUGUUCAAUCUCCAGCUUUGCACCUCACCUGACCCUCGCUGCACAAGACGACCCUGACGCGAGGACCUUCUUCCAGCACCGGACCCCAACUCUGACCUUUCACCUUCUCUCUCUCCUGAAGGAACUCUUCAGGACAUGGGCCCAAGGCCGUAUCUAAGCGGAGAGGGAGGGCAGGGGCUGCUACAUGUAUCCUUCUCUGGUAGGUUGCCAUUUUGCAUGUCUACGUUUCCACCUACUGGGCACUGCCCCCAGCUCUCUGCCUUACUUGUGUCAUGGGCACUUAAGCAGAAAUACAGUGGCUAUUUUAACCA